AUGCACGAGGUAAUAAACUUAGGAGUGUCGCAUAGAGCAGGUCACAUUCUGACACAAUUCUUCAAUUGCAGAGAGAAACAGCUGCUGGACAACAACGACAACGGAUGCGACGCAAAAGUGUUUUUACAUGGGACACUGGACGGAGGGGGGCAGAGUAUGUCGUAUGAGCCCAGGGCAGUACUGUGGGAUGCCAAGAACGGAAGCGGGUCUCUUGGCAAAUACCAGUAUGUUUCCGAAGCAGACUAUUGUGUUGAUGAUUCGAAGGAGCAGGAGCUGCUGCAGAGUUUGUCGCAGGAAACGGCGGGCGGCGGAGACGCAGCGGGCGCGCAGGUUAUACAUACGGGCCGCAGAAUCCAGCGGUCGUCGUACCAGGCUGCGUUGGACCGCAACGGUGCGGUUCCUAUUUUGGAACGAUCGGCGGCAAAAUAUUGGUCGGACUAUUGUCGGAUGGUAUACGGGCCGAGCAGCGUGAACGAGUUGGAACGAUGGUACCAUAAUGCACAGGAGCCGGAGAAGGCACCGGAUUAUGAACAAUUGGGACAAAGGGCGUUUGAGAGCUACGCAGUUGGUUUGGAAGAGUUCCGCGGUAAUUGUUUGUUAAGGUUUUUUGAGGAUAGUCUUCAUGCACAGCUGGAACAAUGCGAUUCUUUGCAAGGGUUCAACGUGGUGAGCGAGGUAGACAAUGGGUGGGGCGGGUUCAGUUCGGGGAUGGUUAUUGAGUUAAAGGAUGAAUUGCCUAAAGUGGAGUAUUUUUGUUGGGGGUUAAACGAGGACGCGGAGGUGGGCGGCUCCGGGACGCAGGGGCGGCGUGGGCGGCUAUUGGAGCACAAUAGGAUUCGAGCGACGCUGACGAUGGUGGAGGAAAGCAGUGUGUAUGUACCGCUGUAUAGUGUGGGUGGGCUGUCGCACUGGGAGUUUGGCGGGCGGGUGUGCCAGGCGUUUGAUAGUGUGAAUAUGGUGGCAGGACAUGGUGUGAGUUUGGCGUACUUAGUGGAUGUGUUGACGCUGGCCGAUGUCCAGCGCAACGUGGUGGACCUUGUGCGGACGGAUGGUGGACGGGAGGACGGUUUUUGGGGGAGGGUGCCGCGGCGCAAGGCUGGUGGGAGGGAGAGGAUGGGUUCGGAGGUAUUCUCGCAGGUGCGGAUUAUGCGGAGCAGGUGUGGUGCCGGCGCUGGUGCUGGUGAAGAUGCUGAUGCGCGGAGACGGAAGGUGCUGUGGACGGACCGUUGGGCGCCGUCGGACACUAUACCGGAAGAUUAUAGACAGUUGAGACAUGUGGAUCUGGGGAUUACAGAGAAGAGUAGGGAUGUGUUUUUGAAUUGGCAAGAUGUGGUUACGAGGCAGUUCAGGUAUGAUUCGGAUCGGGAGGAGUUGAAGGAGAAGCUGGGGACUUUGGCUUCUGUGUACGAGAGUGGAUGGUAUGACGACGGCGAUGAGGGUGAUGAUUGUUGA